UUAUAUUUCAAAAACAACAAAAAAAACUCUUCCUCUGAUUAAGGGGGAAAACCGCCAUUAAAAGCAACGGAAGGAUUGUUCUCUCAAAACCCUAGAGGAAAUCUAGCGUAGAGGAGAAAAAAAUUCAAUCGAAAAAAAAGUUCAAUGAGAUGCAUUUAUUUGAAGCCAGUUAGAUUCCCCGCCACCAAAGCCAAUUAGACAACUCAAAGGUAAAGACGAUAAAUUUAACUUUUUUAUUCAAUAUUUUUGGGCUUAUAAUCUAUUAAUCAUACUAUAAACUGUUUAAAUGUAAAUACCGACAUGUAAUUAUUUGAAGCCAAUUAGAUUCCUCCUCGUAACCGGAAUUGCCAAAAGCUUUAAAUCGCGUUGUAGGAUGCAGAAAACCGGCUAAACAAAAACCUAUCAUCGGCCGCCGCCAUGAGCAGCGCCAAAUCCCGCAACUUCCGCCGACGGUCUGGCGACGAUGAAGAUGAAGACGCCCGCAACUUCGUCACCCCAUCCGCCACCAAAACCAACGGAACCCCAGCCACCACAAACAAACCCUCCACCACCAAUAAACCCAAAAAGCCGACCCCUCAGUCCGCCGCCAAAAAUCUCCUUUCCUUCGCCGAUGACGACGACGAAGAAUCUCCGUUUUCUCGGCCGCCGCCGAAGCCGUCUUCCUCGUCGCGAUUCCCCAAAUCAUCUUCGGCCCAUAAGCUCACAUCCUCAAAAGACCGAAUUGCCCCUCACCCUCCAUCCUCGUCCCUCCCCUCCAAUGUCCAGCCACAGGCUGGCGUCUACACGAAAGAAGCCCUAUUAGAGCUUCAGAAGAAUACUAAAACCCUCGCUGCGCCCGCUCGUAAUAGGCCAAAGCCCGACCCUGGGCCUGUUGUAGUGUUAAAGGGUUUGAUCAAACCCGUGGUUUCAAGUGCAUUGGAUGCCGGAGCUACUGGAAAAGGUCAGGAUAGUAGUGAUGAUGAUAUGGUGCUUGAUCGGAAGGACAAAGAUUCCGGUGUUGAAGCUCAAUUGAUGGAUAUUCGGAUAGGGCCGGGUUUUAGGGAUGAUAAAGAAGGGAUACCGGACCAGGCCACGAUAGAAGCGAUCAGGGCGAAGAGGGAGAGGCUGAGGCAGGCCAGGGCUGCGGCUCCGGAUUACAUAGCAUUGGAUGGAGGUAGUAAUCAUGGAGAGGCUGAGGGUUUGAGUGAUGAGGAGCCGGAGUUUCAAGGGAGGAUUGGAUUUUUUGGUGACAAAAUUGGUGGCCGUGACAAGAAAGGUGUUUUCGAGGAUUUUGAGGAGAGGCCAUUGCCGAAGGAGAGGGGAAUGGAAGUGGUUAGUGAUGAAGAGGACGAGGAGGAUAAGAUGUGGGAGGAAGAGCAGGUGAGGAAAGGGUUGGGAAAGAGGCUGGAUGAAGGGCUUGGAAGCCAAGGAGCGGGCGCUGCUGUUGGUGGUGUAAGUAGCAUUCGUCCGAGUGGUAUGUUGCCGUCUAGUUUUGGGUACCCUGGUGCAGUUCCUAGUGGAAUGCAUCAUCCUGCCCAAAAUGUGGAUGGUAGAAGUAGCUAUAACAGUGUUGGAGGGGCUAGUUUCGACAUGUUUGGUUCUGGUGAUAUGUCUAUAUCUCAGCAGGCCGAGCUUGCUAGAAAAGCCAUGACUGAGAACCUCAAGAGGAUUCAGGAAUCUCAUGCCCGGACAAUAGUGUCUUUGGCGAAGACAGAGGAAAAUCUCUCUUCUUCUUUGCUGAAUGUUACUAGCCUGGAGGAUUCCUUGUCUGCUGCCGAUGAGAAGUUCCGCUUUAUGCAAAAGCUUCGUGACUAUGUUUCUGCUAUAUGUGAAUUUUUGCAGCAUAAAGCUCCUUUCAUUGAGGAACUCGAAGAACAAAUGCAGAAGCUUCAUGAAGAACGUGCAAGAGCCAUUAUAGAAAGAAGAGCUGCAGAUAAUGUUGACGAAAUAUCUGAGAUAGAACUAGCUAUUGCUGCAGCAAGGGCAGAGCUCCGUAAAGGAAGCAGUGCGGAAAAAGUAGCAGCAGCUAUCACUCCUUCCCAGGCUGCCUCUUCUAAUGCAAGAGCAGCUAAAGGUGCACCAGUGGAGCUAGAUGAAUUCGGUAGAGAUGUAAAUCUGCAGAAACGAAUGGAUAUUACUAGAAGAUCAGAAGCUCGGAAACGAAGGCGAGCGAAAGCCGACUCAAAGAGGAAGUUGGCCAUGGAAAAUGAUAGUUCUGUUCAACUUAUGGAAGGAGAAUUCAGCACUGAUGAGAGUGAUAGUGAGAAUAGUGCUCAUGAGUCAACCCAUAAUCAAUUACUUCAGGUAGCUGGCAAAAUUUUAAGUGAUGGAGCGGAUAAAUUUUCUCAAUUUUCAAUGGUUGUGGAAAAAUUUGAGAAAUGGAAGACAGGCUAUGCAACAAGCUACCGCGACGCAUAUAUGUAUAAAAGCAUACCUGCUAUUUUUUCACCUUAUGUGAGAUUGGAGCUUCUAAAGUGGGACCCACUUCAUGAAGAUGCAGAUUUUAGGGAUAUGGAGUGGUAUUCGUUGCUCUUAAAGUAUCCGGAAGAUGAAAAUGGAAAGAAUGGAGAGGAAGCUGAUGGCGAUACAAAUCUUAUUCCUCAGCUGGUUGAAAAACUUCUUCUUCCUAUUCUGCACCAUCAGUUAGCCUUUUGUUACGACAUUCUUAGUACCCGUGAAACGAAGUAUGCUGUUUCUGCUAUGUUCUUGGCCUCCUACUGUGUAGGUUCCUCUAGUGAAGCUCUUGGGAAAUUGUUAACUGUUCUUCUUGACCGUCUCACCAAUGCUGUGAAUGAUUUGGUGGUCCCCACAUGGAGCCCACUCGAAGUGAAGGCGGUACCUGAUGCAGCACGAGUUGCUGCAUAUAGGUUUGGCACCUCUGUUCGCUUGUUGAGGAACAUAAGCCUAUGGAGUAAGGUUCUUGCUCUUCCCGUCGUUGAGAAGAUUGCUCUUGAUGGACUGUUAUGUGGCAAGAUUCUUCCUCAUCUGCACAGCAUACAGGCAAACGUGCAUGAAGCAAUUAUACGAACAGAGAGGGUGAUUGCUUCACUUUAUGAUGUCUGGACAGGUCCUAGUGUCAAAAGGGACCAGAGUAAACUGCAGCCAUUGGUGGACUACUUGUUGCUGCUGGGCAAGACAGUGGAGAGAAAACACGUGAGCGGUGGCAUGGAGAGUGAAACGGGUAAACUGGUGAGACGAUUGAAGAAAAUGCUGGUGGAGCUGAACGAGUACGACCAUGCGAGAGCGUUGUCAAGAAGCUUCAAUCUCAAGGAAGCUCUUUGAUGUUGUCUUUGUACAAUUUUGAUAUUACAGUAGCCGUGGUGUAUACAGUUUUGAACGGGCUACAUGUAUCCAUCAUCUUUGCUGUUACUGAGAAACUGACAAUAUUUCUAGAAUUUUCAA